AAUGACAUCCUUUCUUUCCAACAAGCUAUUUAAAAAGACAAAGCAUAACACAAAAGUACGCUGGUUAUCUUUUUGUAAAUCCUCUUCUUAUCCAUUCCAAGAAAUGUCAUUUCAAGAUAAAGACAUACGUGCAUUUGAAAAAUCAUUUCAAAUAGCAGCUGACGAGAUGGUUUAUGCUAUUGAAUCGCAAGGUUCGAUUUAUUAUCGAGGUGACUUUUUGGCUGCAUCAGAAGCAGUUCAUCUUUGCAUUGACCAAUUUCAUGAUCUACUACACUCUUUAAAGCCAGAUAAAUCACAUAUAUUUCAAUUGAAAUGGUCUGAACCUUUGUUUAAACUUAGGUCUCGACUAGAUUCUUUACCUUCGCCUAAAGACAAGGAUAACUAGUGUCAAUAUAAAAUGUUGUAAAUAGAGAGUAUGUACAAUAAAGAUGAUAUCACUGUAAGAAUAGAUGAUCUCAUAACCAAGGAC